AUGCCAUCGCCUCGGUACCUGCGCCGGGCCUCUGUCGCCACCAUGUUUUGUUCAAUGAUGCCUGCCAAACACCCAAGACGUCUCCCUCGCUCCAGCCAAGCGUCCCGCAGCCCACAAAUGUCCUAUAAACUCCGGCCGAUGUCCCGCGAAUCCUCCUGUCCUUCACGGGGCCGCCCAGCCGAGUCCGCGAGCCCUCACCCCACACGGAGACGGCAGGUGCAGGCGGCGUGA